CACAAUCUCUCCCGUUUCCGCAUUUUCACAUCAAACACAAACAUACAACAAACCGAACCAAAUUUAGGUGACGCGACGUGAUGUGAACAGGUUUGCGGUGAAUUUCUGCACUUCAAUCACAUUUGCUAAGUAAUAUAGAGCGAGCAUUUAAAUGUUGUUUGUAUCGAAGCGUGAGUUAGUGUUAAUUGAAGCGUAGUGCGUAAGGAAGAAAGGGGUUCGCAGAAAGGGAAAAGCAACCUUUAAUUGAGAAGACAAUUAGAACAGGCUGUGCGUGCGUGCGUCCCAGUUACGCAUUGUGAAUUGCAGUGCAAUGAUGAACAACAAUGGAUUUAGUACGGGCGAAGAGGAUUCCCGAGGGCCAGCGGAUCAAAUCUGCUGUUUGCUAGACGACGGUGAACGAUGCCGCAAGCAGGCGGGCAAUGCUUCCUACAGCAAGCGGAUUCAAAAGACGGUCACGCAACGGCGGCUGAAGCUGAGCAUCGACAGCCAUGCACGGCAUAUCUACAUCUGUGACUUUCACAAAGCGCGGAUACAGUGCGCCCGGACGAAAAGACGCCGCCGGGAUUCGGAGGACGACAGCAACGAGACGGAUACCGAUCUGCCGGAGGUCGAUCUCUACCAGCUGCAGGUGAAUACGCUCCGCCGGUACAAACGGUUCUACAAAGUGUCCACACGACCAAGCAGCAACAAAGCGCAACUAUCGGAGACAAUCAUGAAACACUUCAAGACGAUCCCGAUUAAGGAGAAAGAAAUUCUCACCUACUUCAUCUACAUGGUAAAGUCGAACUCGAACAAGCUGGAUCAUAAGAAUAAUGCGAGCGCGGAAGCCACCUGAAAGUAAUGACCUCCGUCCGGCUCCAUCGGUCCCACGGUCCGCUCAUACAGCUACGGUAUCGCCAAAGUGUCGAGCCUUCGAGCUCGUGCUUUGCAAACCGAACAGAGGCAGCCAGCUGAUCGUUUACGAACCAACCGAAUCGACAUUUGUCAUAAUGUGCCGUUUUUACUCUACACACUUUUUUUUUUGUUUUCUAAUGCUUUUACCGUAUCGAUACCAUAAUGUUCGGCGAAUUUGUAACUUUCCUGUCCAGUGUUACACCGUGCGAAACUUGACCCUUUUCGGUUUAACGAAAGGCGUAUUGUGAAAGUUUCCUGCGUGCGGGAUAAAACCAAUAAAAUGUAAUUCAACAAUUUAGAUUAUUGAUUAGCACGAUACAUCCACGGAAUACAUCGCGUUGAAGGAUCGGCGACGUUCAGCGAUCGAUGACAUUGUUCAACUGUGGUAGAAUGAUUCAGUUUUAUUACAAGAGCAGCUUCAAUCAUAUCGUUAUUAUGGUACAAUAAAACACUGCUUGUUGGAA